GAUCCAAAAUUGUCACGAACCAAACGCGGUAAAAACGCCGUAAAACCCUGCAGCCGCGAAAGAGCGGGAGGAGAAUCGAGAAUUCCCAAAUCGCCGAAACUCUGAAACACCCGAAAUGGAGGAGCAACCCCACGCUGCCGAUUCCUCCUCCUCCGCCAGCCAGACGAACUGGCGGAAGGAGGUGGAUGAGCUGCUUCGGCGGAUGCACUCCCUCCUCUUCGGCGCCGACGCCGCGCUCGAGCGCGGGGAUGCGGCGGCGGCGCAGGUUCUCGUGCUCCGCCUCCUCGGCUUCCUCGAUUCCCAGACCCUCUCCGCCUACACGGGUCCUGAAGCCGCCUUCGUCGCGCCCAUCCGCGCCGCAGCCUCUUCCCGUCUCGCCGCUGCCUCCCGCGCUGGCGCCUCCGUCUCGGACCGUGCAGCGUUUGAGCUCGCAAAAAAGAAUGCUGGUUGUGUUUUUCCAAAGCAAGGAGACGUUAGCAUUGAAAAGAUGAAGUGUUCAAAGUAUUUUCAGGCUUUUCAUGAGAAAUCCAAAGGAAAUGUUGCUGAUCAACAGAACUCAGCUUGCGAGAAGUUCACGAUUCAAGGGGGUCCACAUAUUGAGGAAAGCCCAGCUGGCAUAGACAAUGAGAAGCUUAGCAUCGGGGCUUCAAAAUUGAUGGCACAAUCAAAAAUAACAUCAUUGUACGGUAACAAGUUCUUGAAGGCAAAUAGUGUGUCAGACAAGAAUAUGUUCAAAUCAGAGGGGAACAUGUCUAAAGAGUUUGCUUGUGUUGAGAAUGAGAUCAGAACAAAUCAAAAUGAUAACACACAUCCUGCUUAUCUGGGGGUUGAAGAGGAUAAGAAACAUUGUGGGCCAUUGCAGACUUCAAAACGAAAGCAUACAGGGUUCAGAAGUCCUAUAUGUGAACAUGUGAAUUCUCCAUUAAGCCAAGAUGAAGCUGAUGCUCCUGCCAAUGGGUUUGUGACUGCUAGGAUAAAGUUGGCGAUGGACACUGUGCAAAAGCAUGGGCAUAAUGGUCACCAAGGUGCUUCUGUAUCUCCGCAAUGUGAUAACAACCUUAGUACACGGAAUUAUGGUGUGAGGCCAAGCUGGAAUUCUCGUCGUGGACCACGUGGUAAUUUUGUCCCCCCUAUCCGAAACAAUGGAGGAUCUGCUUGCAACGCAAUCAACUCACGAGGAGUUGCUGGAAAAAAUGAUGAUUCCAUGGAAGAUUCAAUAAAGAAAUGCUUAGAAAUGCUUUGUGGCCCUGAUGGUGAGCUUCCUGAGAAGUUGAGGAAUUUGGAACCUCGCCUUAUUGAGCAUGUUAGUAACGAAAUAAUGGAUAAAGACCCUAAUGUUCGCUGGGAUGACAUAGCUGGUUUGGAUCAUGCAAAGAAGUGUGUGACAGAGAUGGUUAUUUGGCCCCUACUGCGUCCAGACAUCUUUCGUGGUUGUCGGUCUCCUGGAAGAGGACUACUACUAUUUGGACCUCCUGGAACAGGCAAAACCAUGAUUGGAAAAGCAAUUGCUGGUGAGGCUAAGGCAACAUUUUUCUACAUAUCUGCAAGUUCACUCACGAGCAAAUGGAUUGGCGAGGGCGAAAAGCUAGUCCGGGCACUAUUUGGUGUAGCCUCUUGUCGUCAUCCCGCUGUCAUAUUUGUGGAUGAGAUUGAUUCACUACUAUCUCAGCGCAAAUCAGAUGGUGAACAUGAAUCAAGUAGGAGGUUAAAAACACAGUUUCUAAUUGAGAUGGAAGGUUUUGACAGUGGAAACGAGCAAAUUUUACUUAUAGGAGCAACAAACAGACCUCAAGAAUUAGAUGAAGCAGCACGCAGGCGACUGACAAAGCGUCUAUACAUCCCCCUUCCUUCAUCAGAAGCACGUACUUGGAUAAUUCGCAAUCUAUUGGAAAAGGAUGGCCUUUUCAAGCUCUCAGAGAAAGAAACAGGUGUCAUCUGCAAGUUAACAGAAGGUUACUCGGGAUCUGAUAUGAAAAAUCUUGUGAAAGAUGCCUCAAUGGGGCCGCUGAGAGAAGCUCUCCAACAGGGUGUGGAAAUCACAAAGCUCAACAAGGAGGAAGUGCGUCCGGUGAUGCUCAAGGACUUUGAGGCUGCUCUGCAGGAGGUCAGACCUUCUGUUUCCACAAGCGAAUUGGGGAUUUAUGAAGAAUGGAACAUGCAGUUUGGCAGCCUAUCAAUCUAAUUUGUAUGGGGAUAUUCUCAAGUACUACCUCCGGCCCAUAAUGUAAGACGUUUUUGCAAGCUAUGAUAGCUUGCAAAAUAGCUUGCAAAAAACGUCUUACAUUAUGGGAUGUAGUAGUAAGUACAAAUAAAAUCAUCACAACAGAUAAGUGGCUCAAUGAUUUCACCAUGAAUAUUACCACAAAUAAGUGGUUCAUUGAUUAACCCACAACAUUACACGUCAUUAAUAGUGCUGCCUGCCAUGCACCUCUUCUGUAUCACCUUAAGUGAAAAUGAACGAUAGAAAAUAACAGCUAACCUGUUGUUACAUAAAUUUCAAGUUACAAUAUGUUUGUGAGCC